AUGCGAGACAUGAAGGAAUUAUUCUUUCAGAAGGAGGAUUUGCAGGUUGGAUGCCCCCCACCCCCCGAGGGAUUUUUGACAGAGGAUGUAGCGGUCCUGAUCCAUCAGGGGGUUCGCGGCAGCGUCACUCCGCAUCAGUGGGCCUGUCAUUUGAGGCUGCCUGAAGAAGAGCCGCCUGUCGCGCCGAACCAGUCAUUCAUGGCUGAUCGCAGAAUUCAAAGUGAUGUGUUUGGUUGGCUCCGCUACGUGCAGGAGAAGAUGGUCUUUUGGGAAGAGAGGAGCGUGGACAGAGUCUAUGCGGCCGUCUCUGACCUCUGCGCGGAAAGCUGGGCCCCCUUUCUCUCGUUUUUCCUCUGGGGGAAGCGGCUGGGAGGGGGCGGCUGCUGCAGGAAAGUGACAGGGCAGCUGUCAGUUUUCCCCGCGAGGUCCAUGAAUACGAACACCAUGAUAUUGAUCCUGGGGGCUUCGGUUGUGAUGGCAAUAGCAUGUUUAAUGGACAUGAAUGCUCUUCUUGACCGAUUUCAUAAUUAUAUCUUACCGCAUCUGAGAGGAGAAGACAGGGUCUGUCACUGCAACUGUGGAAGGCAUCAUAUUCAUUAUGUCAUCCCAUACGAUGGAGACCAGUCGGUGGUUGAUUCUUCCGAGAACUACUUUGUGACCGACAACGUCACCAAGCAAGAAAUUGAUCUGAUGCUGGGACUCUUGUUGGGAUUCUGUAUAAGCUGGUUUCUUGUGUGGAUGGAUGGAUUGCUCCAUUACGCUGUACGGGCAUGGCGGACGAGCCUACGGUAUGACAAUUCAUGGUCUUGGUUUCCCAAAUUUUGUAACUUCAAGGAGUUCCGGAAACGCCACCACAACCAGUACGACGAAGCCGCGGGAAACAUGGUGCACAUCAAACAGAAAUUGUAUCAUAAUGGGCACCCCAGCCCAAGACACCUUUAA